UUUGGGCCGUGGAGGUCAGUGUGAGUGAAGAUGAGUUUAGUAGGAGGGUACUCGAUGCCGCAGAGUUACGGCCACGCCGCCAUGGGGGCGACGCCCUCCCCCGAGGCGCUCUAUUCUCCCUAUUACUCCCACCCUAGCCCCCCAGGGCAGGCCUUGUACCCGGGAUGGGGCUACACGCCUGCAGGCUACUCUCCAGGCUAUUCCUCGGAGGUGGCGGUGGCGUGCCCUGAGUAUGGGGUGUCUGGGGGGUUCGUGGUAGGGCCCGGGUCCCCCCACGACCUUGGCGGGGACUACACCAUCGAGAUGGUGGACGGGUGCGGGAGGGUGGUGAAGCGACGGUCGUCCGCCAACAAGAAGGAGCGGCGACGAACGCAGAGCAUCAACAACGCCUUCGCCGAGCUAAGGGAGUGCAUCCCUAACGUGCCCUCUGACACCAAACUCUCCAAGAUCAAGACCCUGCGCCUCGCCACCUCCUACAUCGCUUACCUCAUGGAGGUCCUUCACGCUGAGGACGCCCAGCCCGCCCCGCCGCCCGAGCCUUUCCGUGCCGACCUGCCGCCCAGACCCAGGACCAACCCUACCACCCAACAACCCGCCCAUCAUGACAAGCAAGUGACACCGCAGCCCACCACCAGCCCAGAGUGUAAGCGUGGGCGUACAGGGUGGCCACAGGAGGUGUGGGCCCAGGAACUGAAGAAGUAGACCUGCCACCAUGCCCGUCUCCCUCACACUACACCAGGAGCCACACAACACCGGCGGGGUUAUCUGGCCAGGGAGUUAGUGUCCACAGCUGUGUCGGAGGAGGAGGAGGAGGAGGAGGAGGAGGAGGAGGAGGAUAAUAAACUCUAGGUGAGAGGAAAAUGAUGGAGAGAACAUUUAUUGUGGAGGAAAACUUAAACAAGAAAGAACAAAUCUGGUGCGACUGAAGUACUGGAGAAAGAGACAAAUAUUUGAUGUGAGGAAAAUAUUGUGAAGGAGAAGAAUAUGAGGAGGAAGAUCAAGCAUUACACAAGAGAUGCUGGAACAUGUUUUAGGAGCUGCGAAUUACAACACAUAGACAUUUAAUAGAGCUGAUCCAUUGACACUAAAGGAGAUGUAUGGUCAACAAAAUGGCAUUAAAAUAUUUGGUAACUAAUGUGAGAAUAUGGAGAGUGACGUGCGUUUUUUUUUGUGUGUGUGUACGUGUGUGUAGCACCGAGGACGUCAACGCAUACAAGGCACUAAACACAAUCAAGGUUGAUGUCUAAAACAUUUGAAGUAGCAUACACACACACACACGACCAAGAAGCAAUAUCUAAGGUCAUUACUGUAUUGCCUGACCAUAUCUGAAGGAGUUCUAAGUAUAUAUUUUGGCAAAUAUCCUCUCGUCAGCUGUGAGGAGUUUUCACGCACAGGAGACAAGAGGUGUGGGGGUGUGAGGGAACAUUCCAAAAUUACUACAUCACCACAAAAGUUCAAAUGUAUCGGGACCACAUACCCUGGAUGAAGGUGACGUGUACAGCCUCGUCCUCGUCAUGUUUAUCAGUAACAGGGUUGAAGUCUUCGUCACUGUCAUCCCCAUCGUCAGCAUCUUCACUGUCAUUAGACGCUGGUAAUCUUUAUGAGUGUCAGCAUCGUCGUUAUCAUGGUCAUCGUCAGCACCAACAUCGUCGUUAUCAUGGUCAUCGUCAACACCAAUAUCGUCGUUAUCAUGGUCAUCGUCAACACCAACAUCGUCGUUAUCAUGGUCAUCGUCAGCACCAACAUCAAUGUCAUCAUGAUCACCGUCAGCACCAACAUCAACGUCAUCAUGGUCAUCGUCAUCAUCGUCAGGAUCAACGUCACCAUCAUCACUUGUAUAGUCAUCACCAUCAAAACAUCAUCGCCGUGGUCAACAGGAUGUAUCAUCAAUAAUCAUCGUCGGAGGAAGAAAAUGACACCACAUCGUCGUCACUUCAUCGUCGUCACGUCAUAUGUGCGAUGCCUCUACCAAAAGAGGCACACAACCUCGACGGCUCGACAGUGUCACUUUCAGGCCAUCCCAGUAGACAAAGUCCUCCUCACUUGCCUGUAUGGAGCUCUUGAUCAACAGUAUGCAGCUCCCAUAUGAGUUGGGGCCCUUCACUCUCCUGGCUAUUGCAAUCUACAAAAACACUUAUGAAGCUCUGUAUACGGUGUGAGGAUCUACAAGAGGCAACGCGUAAGGUCUCCAGAUAGUGUCAGAAUCCACUCAACAAUAUCACAGAAGGUCUCCAGGUACUCUCGUGAUCCUCCAAGUUCCUCGUGAUCAUGUUAUUGUGCCGACGUCUUUUCUCUUUUCCUCCUCUUCGUGCUCCUCAUUUUCGCCCUCCUAUACAGUGAACCCUACUGGGUUCUCCAGCGUUUACAGCACUCCUACAUAACAUGUCCCCCAGGCUUGGUCUCCAAGAUCCCACCGCUGUCUCCAAGGACGGCCAUGUUAAAACCCUUCCAUUCCAAGUGGCUUGACUUUAAUUAGUAUUAAUGUUGAGCCUAU